UCAGUUUAUUGACAACCUUACCUUUUAGAUAUUCAAACCGCAUCCCAACUCUUUCUUCCAAAGUUCCAAACCCAAUCAAAAAUUGUGAAAUUUUAUUUUAUUUUAUUUUUAUUUCGUUUUAUUUAAUAUUUUAAUUCGUAUCCUUUUGGGGCGGCAGAGAUGCUCACAGCUCACCUCGGUGCACUUUAGCUUUGGUCUUCGGGGAGUGCUUUUGACACGCCCAAAGAUCAACAACAAGAAAACUAGUGCUUCUUUUCCCUCCAAAAUGAUCUAAUUUCUACUACUAACUUACGCCUUGACCGGGGGGGAGAGGGUGAUCAUCCUUAACCUGCACAUCUUCUCUUUUUCAUUAUCAAUGGAACAAUCUCAACCUCCUCGAACGGACUCAUUCCCCGAGUCGACGAUCCGCGAAAACGACGCCGGAGCGGCUUUCGUCCUCGAGUCAAAGGGGCAAUGGUGGCAUGCGGGGUUUCAUUUAACGACGGCGAUAGUGGGACCGACAAUAUUGACUCUGCCAUACGCAUUCAGAGGGCUGGGAUGGGGGUUAGGGUUUCUGUGCUUGACGGUUAUGGGGAUGGUCACCUUCUAUGCUUACUAUCUCAUGUCCAGGGUGCUUGAACACUGUGAGAAAGCUGGUCGCCGCCACAUCCGAUUCCGUGAACUCGCUGCUGACGUCCUUGGUUCAGGAUGGAUGUUUUAUUUUGUUAUAUUCAUUCAGACAGCAAUAAAUACUGGUGUUGGAAUAGGAGCAAUUUUGCUUGCUGGGCAAUGCCUUCAGAUCAUGUAUUCAGAACUUUCUCCAAAUGGAAGCCUGAAAUUGUACGAUUUCAUAGCAAUGGUGACAGCGGUAAUGAUAAUCCUGUCUCAGCUUCCAACUUUCCACUCCCUCAGACACAUCAACCUGGCUUCACUGCUUCUCAGCUUGGGCUACACAUUCCUUGUGGUUGGUGCUUGUAUCAAUGCAGGUGUUUCAAAAAAUGGCCCACCAAGGGACUACUCUUUAGAAUCUUCAAAGUCAGCAAGGGUUUUCAGUGCUUUCACUUCCAUCUCCAUAUUAGCUGCCAUUUUUGGGAAUGGGAUACUACCGGAAAUACAAGCAACUCUGGCUCCACCUGCUACUGGAAAGAUGGUAAAAGGCCUUCUGAUGUGUUACUCUGUAAUUUCCAUUACUUUCUACUCCAUUGCAGUCGCAGGUUACUGGGUAUUUGGCAACAAAUCUAAUUCGAACAUCCUGGAGACCCUAAUGCCAGAUGAUGGACCUGCUUUGGCUCCAACUUGGGUUCUUGGAUUAGCUGUGAUCUUUGUUCUCCUUCAGCUUUUUGCCAUUGGACUGGUUUAUUCUCAAGUUGCUUAUGAGAUCAUGGAAAAGAAAUCAGCUGAUGUAAAACAAGGGAUGUUCUCGAAAAGGAACCUUUUUCCUCGGAUAAUUCUUAGGACAUUGUAUAUGAUGCUGUGUGGGUUUUUUGCAGCAAUGCUUCCAUUCUUUGGAGACAUUAGUGGGGUGGUAGGAGCAAUUGGUUUCAUUCCUUUAGAUUUCAUCCUCCCAAUGCUUCUAUACAACAAGACUCACAAGCCUUCAAAGUCAUCCCUCACCUUUUGGAUCAACAUCUCUAUUAUCAUUGUGUUCACAGGUGCAGGAAUAAUGGGAUCAUUCUCUUCUAUAAGAAAAUUGGUUCUUGAUGCCAACAAGUUCAAGCUUUUUAGUGAUGAUGUUGUCGAAUAGGCUUAACAUGUACAAAUCAGCACAGUAGAAAACUUACUUUUUCCGAAUGAUUUGGUAGAGAAUCUUGAUGAGUUACAUGUUUUGCUCACUUUUUCACUGAUUCCUGUAUAAUAGAAUAGGCAACUAUUGAUAUGAGACCGAAAUAUUGUAGAUUAAUUCCACUGUUCUAUGGUGAUCCAUAAAGUAAAUCAGAGUUAUUUUUUUA